ACGUAGUGACGUCAUACGCCGCGUUGGCUCGCAGAAAGUGGUGAAAAGUUUUUACACCCCCCUCCCCUGUAUGUUUUUGUUGGGGGGGAGAAAAAAAAAAAAGUUGUUGCUAGUUAAGUCGACUGAAUGUCGGUUGUCUUUUCGCCCCUUAGCAACAGGGGGAAUGCGAGUUUUUGCUCUUGUGAAGUCGGAGUGCAAGCUUUCGAGCGGGGUUUUAACGCUUUGCGUCCUCUGGCUCGGACUGGAAAUCUCAGUGGCCACCAUCGUUUCACCUCUCGUUAGCCACCUAGCUAGCUCCGCUGCUACAUAACUAACCAACAAAGUUAACGCUACCUCGCCUCAUAGUGUGUGUUUCUUGCGGUAACUUCCAGCUUGGGUUGGAAAAGCGACCGCAGAGAUGGCGGAAACCAAAAUAAUUUAUCAUAUCGACGAAGAGGAGACUCCGUACUUGGUGAAGAUUCCUAUUGCUGCCGAAAACAUCACUUUGCUGGAUUUUAAACAGGUCUUGAACAAGCCUAACUACAAAUUCUUCUUCAAGUCUAUGGACCAGGACUUCGGAGUGGUGAAAGAAGAGAUUUCCGACGACAGCGCCAAAUUGCCAUGUUUCAACGGCAGAGUGGUGUCAUGGCUGGUAUCAUCAGAUACUCCUGCAGCAGAGCCCCCAGUGGCAGUGGUCCCCCCUGUGGAAACGACUACCCAGCCUUCUCCCCCUCCUCCACCCCUGCCACCCCCACCUGCAGAGAGGACAGGAGGCAUUGGGGACUCCAGGCCGCCCUCCUUCCAUCCCAAUGCGACAGGCAGUGUGGAGACGCUGGACGAUCAAACUGAGACAGAGUCUGUAGUUUCCUUCAGGAGAGAGAGACCUCGGCACAGAGAGAGCAUGGAGCAGCACGGACCUCGUAUGAACGGUCAGAGCCGCCUGGAGCGCCACUUGGCAGGAUACGAGAGCUCCAGCACAGUGAUGAGCAGUGAGCUGGACACCACCAGCUUCUGUGACUCGGAAGAUGACGACACUAUGAGCAGGUGAAAGAAUGAUAAGAGUGGAGGCACAGCAUCCAGGCUUCUUAAACGGCACCGUCGACGCAGGAAACAGCGCCCCCCACGCCUGGAGAGGACCUCCUCCUUCAGCAGUGUGACCGACUCCACAAUGUCCCUGAACAUCAUCACCGUCACUCUCAACAUGGAGAAGUACAACUUCCUGGGCAUCAGCAUCGUGGGCCAGAGCAAUGAAAGGGGUGAUGGAGGCAUCUACAUUGGCUCCAUCAUGAAGGGAGGCGCUGUGGCUGCAGACGGACGCAUAGAACCUGGUGACAUGCUGCUACAGGUUAAUGACAUUAACUUUGAGAAUAUGAGCAAUGACGACGCUGUACGGGUGCUGAGAGAGAUUGUACACAAGCCAGGACCCAUCAUCCUCACGGUGGCUAAGUGCUGGGACCCUUCACCUCAGGGCUACUUCACUCUGCCUCGUAAUGAGCCGAUCCGGCCCAUCGACCCAGCAGCCUGGGUUAGCCAUUCUGUGGCUAUGACCGGAGCCUACCCUCCCUACCCAGGCAGCUCCUCCCUCAGCACCAUCACCUCUUCUUCCUCCGUCACCGAGACUGAACGUUUUGAUGACUUUAACUUAUCGCUACACUCUGACAUGGCAUCGGUUGCGAAGGCCAUGGCCUCACCAGAGUCAGGUCUGGAGGUCAGGGACCGCAUGUGGCUUAAAAUCACCAUCCCCAAUGCUUUCCUCGGCUCGGACCUAGUGGAGUGGCUGUUUCACCACAUCGAGGGAUUCCAGGACCGUCGUGAAGCCAGGAAAUAUGCCAGUAAUCUGCUGAAGGCUGGCUUCAUUCGACACACUGUCAACAAAAUCACCUUCUCUGAACAAUGCUACUACGUGUUUGGAGACUUAAGUGACUGUGAGAACUACAUGGCCAACCUGGCCCUGAAUGACAAUGAUGGCUCCAGCGGGGCCUCAGACCAGGACACCUUGGCCCCUCUGCCACUCCCUGGGGCCUCCCCAUGGCCCAUGAUGCACACCUUCCCCUAUCAGCCCUACCCUACACAUCCCUUCUCCAGUCAGCCGCCUCCGUACCAUGAGCUCACCAGCUACAGUUAUGCCCCCGGCAGCGCCGGCAGCCAGCACAGCGCAGGGAGCCGAAGCAGUGGGUCAACGAGAAGCGAGGGUGAGCGACGUCGCAGUAGUAAAGGUCCUGGCAGCACUGUGGGGGGAGGGGAGAAGUCCCCUUCUGGUGGAGGUGGAGAAGGUGGCGGAGCCGACUCGCGCUCUGGCAGUGGCAGUGAAUCAGAAUACUCCACCCGCAGCAGCCUGAGGCGUGGCCAUGGUUCAGCCGCCCCCAGCGAGCAUAGCCAUGCCUCCCAGCGCUCACAUCAUCACCGCAUGCCUCAGCCGCCCCACAUGUCUCCAUACCCGCCAGGUAUCAUGCCGUACAACCCCAUGAUGGUGAUGAUGGUACCCCAGCACCCACACCCAGCCUUGGCAGCCGCUCACGCCCUUCCUCACACGCAGCAGCUGGCCACAGCGCCCAUGCACCCGGCUCUACCCCCGCCCCCUUCCUCUACUCCAGGAGGACCUCCUGGUGCCCCACCCACCCGUGACCUGGGCUCCGUACCCCCAGAGCUGACUGCAUCACGCCAAUCGUUCCACCUGGCCAUGGGCAACCCCAGCGAGUUCUUUGUGGACGUCAUGUAGUUUCAGUCUUGAUGCUGAGUGACCAUUCAUGUGAAGUUAGUGUACAGUUCCCACUUGCUUUGACAAGGAUCUGGUGAUAGCUUUUAGAACUCACAAGGGCCUAUUGGAUAGAGGGCCCUUGUUACAAAUUUGGUGAGAACAGGGUUUAACGUUGACAAACAAAAUUAAGACAAAACACAUUAAAUGUGAGAUAUGGUCUCACUAAAUGUGUCCACAAAGUCUAGUUUCUCUGAUUUAAAUCCACUACAUAUCAGUCUUGUUUUCAAUAUUUGAACUCCUGACAACAGAAAUACCACAUUUUAGGAGCCACUUUCCCAGUCGCCUAUUCAGGAAGUGCACGAACCACAGUUUAAUACUAGAGGGUGCCAGGUCCACCGAGUACUUGAAAAGGAUACAGUCCUGUAUAUUUGUCUGGAUCAUCAUUCCUGAUUCAUUGGCAGUAUAGGAGAAUGCUGAGUGCCUUACUUUUUCAUGUUUAGAGACAUUUUCACACUCCAGGUACAUAAAAUAUCUCUGUGUUCCAACAUUGUUUGACAAUGAACGUCUUUGUAUAUAUCUACUGCUCCUGUGUAAAUGCAGCAGUACAGAAUAACAUGCUCUAAUGUGAAGAGAAAAUAGGUCCAAAAAUGUCGUGAACUUUUUAGUCAUCACUGUCUAGGCCUAGUCAUCAGAUGUCUCUUAUUGAGAGGAGUACCAUGGUAUGUGUUGUGGGGCUGUAGAGGCUUAAAGGUACUAGCCGGCAAAAGUGGUACUUUUUGAUUGCAUACAGUACAGUAUAUAUCUAACUGUGAUCCAAAUGCUCCAUUCUUACUUUUAUGUUACUCACCCAUUUCAUUUUUGUAAGAGUGACUAUAUAAAUCAUGUAUAACCAAACUAUUAAGGUGCUAAAUGAAAAGUCAGCAGUUCAAAGAGAAUGACAUUGAUAGCUUAAAUUGUUUGAUUUCAUGUUGCCACCUUUGUUGUGUAUUUGA